CAUGGUAUAUGGAUGCCACGUUCAAGCUUGUGCGUCGUCCCUUUUCCCAGCUGUUCACAAUAAACGCCUUUGUGACAUCUGGUGAAUCCACUAAACAAGUUCCCCUGGUAUUUGCACUGAUGUCAGGCCGACGAAAAAAGGACUAUAAAAAGGUCCUGCAAUCCAUCAUCAACAGCUUACCCAUGAAGCCGACAGUCCGGAAAGUAACUGUCGACUUCGAGCAAGCUCUGUGGCAGGCUAUCCAGGGGGUACUUCCUGAUGUGACAAUCCAAGGAUGUGCCUUCCACUGGACACAAGCUGUGUGGAGAAAGAAAUAG